CCCGGAAGCCAACAACAAGAACUCGGCUGUUAGCCAGCUGAGCUAGCCCUACCGGUUUCCCUUUGGGCUGUCGAAUAACAAACUGUCAAGUUUACAUCAGGCCGAUUAAAGACCACGGAGCUUGCAUGAAAGUGUUGUUCCCGAAGCACAGUUUUGUCGUCUCUUCACGCAGCCGAUGCAAGUAAAAAUGACAGGAAGAGUCAAGUGCACCAGCAGCAGCAGCAGCUGUCUGUCAGCCCCCAAGUCCCCCUGCCCCUGAAUCAGCCCCAGUGCCCCCACACGAGGAAGGAGAUUGUGGGUUUUAUGACUAAGCUCUGUGUUGGCAUGGAGAAGCCGUGGAGGCUGUGGGGCACAGUGGAGCGCUGUGCCCUGGCCUUUGUCUCCUGGUCCUGGGGCGCCUGUCGUGUCUCCCUGCUGGCCCUCAUCCUCACUUUCCACCUCUACGGAGGUUUCAUCCUCCUGGCUCUCAUUCUGGCUUCCGUGGCGGGCAUCCUCUACAAAUUCCAAGACGUGCUCCUCUACUUCCCCGACCAGCCGUCGUCGUCGCGCCUCUACGUUCCCAUGCCGACGGGAAUUCCUCAUGAGAACGUGUACGUUCGCACCAAGGACGGUGUGAAGCUCAACUUGAUUCUACUUCGCUACACGGGAGGGGACGGGCCUCCUGGAGUCACCCCGGGCAAUCAAAGCAGCAGCCCCGCCUCCUCGGCGCCGCCCACUAUUCUUUACUUCCAUGGCAACGCGGGCAAUAUCGGUCACAGAGUGCCCAAUGCCUUGCUGAUGCUUGUCAACCUGAAAGUCAACGUGGUGCUGGUGGACUACCGCGGCUACGGUAAGAGUGACGGGGAGCCCAGUGAGGAAGGCCUCUACUUGGACGCCGAGGCUACUCUAGACUACGUGAUGACUCGCCCAGAUUUGGACAAGACCAAAGUGAUACUGUUCGGCCGCUCGCUCGGGGGCGCAGUGGCCAUCCGCUUGGCGUCGGCCAACCCUCACCGUGUGGCUGCCAUUAUCGUGGAGAACACCUUCCUCAGCAUCCCGCACAUGGCGGCGACGCUCUUCUCCUUCUUGCCCAUGCGCUUGCUGCCCGUGUGGUGCUACAGGAACCAGUUCCUGUCCUACCGGCAGGUGGCGCUGUGCCGCAUGCCCUCCCUGUUCGUCUCGGGCCUGUCGGACCAGCUCAUCCCGCCCGUCAUGAUGAAGCAGCUGUACGAGCUGUCGCCCUCGCGGACUAAACGCCUGGCCAUCUUCCCAGAGGGCACGCACAACGACACGUGGCAGUGUCAUGACUACUUCGCUUCCUUGGAGCAGUUCAUCAAAGACCUGCUCAAGAGCCACGCCCACGAGGAGAGCGUGCAGACCUCUGCCAGUGUCACCAUCAUCUGAUUUGAUUUGACCCUCCAUCAACGAGAACAUAACAUGUUCAGGGAGUGGCCAUUGCUCUCUUUUCUUACUUUCAGCCUGAGCUGAAUGCAUGCAUUUGAAACUAUGAGGUCAGAUUAUCAUGAAAGAUUACAGAAAUGUAUUACAGCUACUGAGGGGAAGUGUGUUUACCAUAAAAGGACUGAUACAGAUUAGUGCUGCUGUUACAUGGUAGCUCUUUGGAGUAGAGGAGCACUCUGACAAUCCCCACAAGGCUUCUCAGUCUGACUUGUAACACAUUCAAUGUAAAAAAUACACACGUUUUAUUUGAUCACGAGCCUCUGUCUCAUGGUCUCGUUAAUUAUUCUCUGUCCAGUGCCAGAUCAAAUAGUGAAAUGACAGAGGGAGUACAAGGGCCACAAAAACGUAUGGUAUGACUUUUCUAGAAAAUAAUUGCAACGUUUUUCUAGUAGCAUUAUGACAUCUGACAUUGACUUCUUUUCCUGAAAAAAGUUUGACUCUUUGACUCUCACGAUAUUACAAAAAAAUCCUGUUCUUGAAAUAUUGCAAGUUUUUUUCUACACUUUUCUAGAAAUGAUUUUGCUCUUUUUUCCAUGUGACAUUGAUCCUUUCUCUUGGAAAGAAAUAUGACUUUCCUGUAGGAAAAAAAAAAUGUUGAAGAAAUACAAUUCUCAAAUAGUACUUGAUGUAACGUGACUUUUUCCAGACAAAAAUAUCAUAACUUUUUUCCCUGACAAUAUAUAACUUUAUCUCUCCCCAAGGCUUAAUUUGUAUUUGAUAUAUUUAUGCCCUUUUCUUGAAAAAAAAAAAAAGACUUGUCAUAACAGUACUAAUUUAACAGUAUUUUGUUUGAUGAAGUAGUUUUUAGCCUUGUAAAAUUAUUAAAAAAAAAAAAAAAAGACUGCCAUAAAAUUGUGACUAUAUCGGUCGGGAAAGAAAAGAUGAUUUUUGCAAUAUUUAUUCCCCGCCCACUUGAGAAAGUAAGACUUAUAUUCUAAUAGGUUUUUUUAAUACAACUUUUUUCUUCUAAAAACUAACAUCUGAUGUAACUAUUCAACUUGUUUUCUUGACAAAUAUACAACUUCACCUUCUUAACUCAUCUUUUUCCCCUUUUGAUAUGUACAAUAAUAAUUAAAAAGAUAAUAAUUUGAAUAUGAUUUUAAUCAUGUAACAUUUUUGAAAAUAAUUUUUUACUUAAGCGUGGCUCUUGUAUUCUUUCAUAAGGGCUUUCCUUUUAGGAAGUAAAAAAAAAAAAAGUAAAGCGUAAUCUUCAUCAAAUAGUAACGUGAAGCGUUCAAGAAUCUAAUCCCUGCUGUUAUUAUUCCUCACAUUGUGUGGCAUUGUGACUAAUUGUUAUUUAGGCCUACUGUACGCCCCAGCCUCCCACCAUGUGCCAAAAUGGCUGCACUCCUUCGGAGGCCUGUGAAUGAGCUAAUAAACCUUUCCCUAAUGUCUUCAAAGGAGUCCGGCAGACGUUUGAGCAUUUGACAAAAAUAGAACGUUCACUUUAAAUAACGCACAACACCAUAAAAAUGCAGAGAUGUCAAAGCCAUUCACAUCUACUGUAGUGCUCUUUAGCCAUAUCUGGUGUGCUGUAACUACUAUGAAUGUAAAACAUACUUGCAUUGAAUAACAUGUCUGCUCUUCUAUUUAUCCAUCAACAGUCCGAUAUAUAUUCACUAUCAUCAUUUAGCUCACCCCCCAACAUAUGUUGGUAUUGCACUUCCGGACUCCUAGUUGCCAUGGUUACUGUCUGUCACAUAAAUGAAGCACUGGUGCUUAAAUCUUGAGUCGAAUGUGUGCUGCAAAACCACUUUGAAUGUGUUUUUAGGAAUAACUCAUGUAUGUGCUUUAAGGAUGUGUUAUACUGUAAGCAACUUGCAGUGUUGGACUUUUUUUGUACAAACUUCACAACAUUUGAAUGAUUCAUCUUCAUCUUAAGCAUGAAGAUGUCACCCAAUGACUUUUCUCUCCAUUUGCACUCUUUUCUGCAUUACUUUUUUGUGCUAUUGCAUUUUCACUUUGUGUGAUCUUUGCUUUAAUACGCAAUAAAAUUGAUAAUGAAAGUAACAUUGCGACACUCUUAAAUACAAUCAAACAACGGUGUGGGGUUUUGACAGUUGCUGCCACUUCACUUUUUAUUUUUGAGAAGUUUGUCAAGGUUGUCACACUUCCUUCUUUGAUGCCUGUCAGAGCUUCGAGACAAAAAAUAAAGAUAUGUCAUGAUUGCAGUAAUGCUAUGAAAAGGUAUUGUGUGAAGCCACAAUA